AUGAGACCCCGGGCCAGGGAGGUCUGCUCCCUGAUCAUUCUGCUGCAGGUCCUGGCUGAGCCGGCCGAGAACUCAGACUUCUACUUGGCCGGGGAUUACCUCCUUGGUGGCCUCUUCACCCUCCACGCGAACGUGAAAGGCAUCGUCCACCUCAACUUCCUGCAGGUGCCCCAGUGCAAGGAGUAUGAAAUGAAGGUGUUGGGCUACAGCCUCAUGCAGGCCAUGCGCUUCGCAGUGGAGGAGAUCAACAAUCACAGCAGCCUGCUGCCCGGGGUGCUGCUGGGCUAUGAGAUGGUGGAUACCUGCUACGUCUCCAACAACGUCCAGCCCGUGCUCUACUUCCUGGCACAGAAAGACUACUCCCUGCCCAUCCAGGAGGACUACAGCCACUAUGUGCCCCGCGUGGUGGCUGUCAUUGGCCCCGACAACUCGGAGUCCACCGUAACAGUGGCCCAUUUCCUCUCUCUCUUCCUCCUUCCACAGGUCACCUACAGCGCCGUCAGUGACGAGGUGCGGGACAAGCAGCUCUUCCCUGCCGUUCUGCGCACGGUGCCGGGCGCCGAUCACCACAUCGAGGCCAUGGUGCAGCUGAUGCUGCACUACCGCUGGAACUGGAUCGUCGUGCUGGUAAGCAGCGACCACUACGGCCGCUACAACGGCCAGCUGCUCAGCAACCGUCUGGCCGGCGGCGACAUCUGCGUCGCCUUCCAGGAGACGCUGCCCGAGCCGCAGCGCAGCCAGGUGGUGUCGCGGUGGGAGCACUGGCGCCUGGAGACCAUCGUGGGCAAGCUGCGGCGGAGCUCGGCGCGCGUUGUGGUCCUGCUGUCGCCAGACCUGGUCCUGCACAACUUCUUCCACGAGGUGCUCCGCCAGAACUUCACGGGCGUCGUGUGGAUCGCCUCCGAGUCCUGGGCCAUCGACCCCGUCCUGCACAACCUCACCGAGCUGCGCCACACGGGCACCUUCCUGGGCAUCACCACCCAGAGCGUGCCCAUCCCGGGCUUCAGCGAGUUCCGCGUGCGCCCCGCCUGGGCCGGGCCGCCUCCGCCCAACAGGACCAGACUGGGGGCCACUUGCAACCAGGAGUGCGACAGCUGCCUUGACGCCACCGUGUCCUUUAACACCGUCCUCACGCUCUCCGGCGAGCGCGUGGUCUACAGCGUGUACUCGGCUGUCUACGCGGUGGCUCACGCGCUGCACCGCCUCCUGCGCUGCACCCAGACCACCUGCUCCAAGCGGGUGGUCUAUCCUUGGCAGCUGCUUCAGGAAAUCUGGAAGGUCAACUUCACCCUCCUGGGCCACCAGAUCUUUUUUGACAAGCAAGGGGACCUGCUCAUGGGCCUGGAGGUCAUCCAGUGGCAAUGGGACCUGAGCCAGAACCCUUUCCGGAGCAUCGCCUCCUACUGCCCUGUGCUGCGGCAGCUGAGGGCCACCGGUGACGUCUCCUGGCACACGGCCAACAACACGAUCCCUGUGUCCAUGUGCUCCAAGGACUGCCAGCCUGGGCAGAGGAAGAAGCCCGUGGGCAUCCAUCCCUGCUGCUUCGACUGCCUCGACUGCCUUCCGGGCACCUUCCUCAACCGAACUGCAGACGAAUUUGACUGCCAGCCCUGCCCAAAUUACGAGUGGUCCCACAGGAAGGACACCUCCUGCUUCAAGCGGCGGCUGGCCUUCCUUGAGUGGCACGAGGCGCCCACCAUCAUCGUGGCCCUGCUGUCCAUCCUGGGCUUCCUCAGCACCCUGGCCAUCCUGGUCGUCUUUUGGAGGCACCUCCACACGCCCGUGGUUCGUUCGGCCGGGGGCCCCAUGUGCUUCCUGAUGCUGACGCCGCUGCUGCUGGCGUACGCGAUGGUCCCCAUGUACGUGGGGCAGCCCACGUUCUUCCGGUGCCUCUGCCGCCAGACCGUCUUCACGCUCUGCUUCACCAUCUGCAUCUCCUGUAUCGCCGUGCGCUCUUUCCAGAUCGUCUGCGUCUUCAAAAUGGCCAGGCGCCUCCCGCGUGCCUACAGCUACUGGGUCCGCUACCACGGGCCCUACAUCUUUGUGGCGUCCUUCACGGUGCUCAAGGUGGCCAUCGUGGCGGGCAACGUGCUGGCCACGACCACCAACCCCACCGCCCGCCCUGACCCCGACGACCCCAAGGUCAUGGUUCUCUCCUGCAACUACCGCAGGGCGCUGCUGUUCAACACCAGCCUGGACCUGCUUCUGUCCGUGGCGGGAUUCAGCUUCGCCUACAUGGGCAAGGAGCUGCCCACCAACUACAACGAGGCCAAGUUCAUCACCUUCUGCAUGACCUUCUACUUCACCUCCUCCGUCUCCCUCUGCACCUUCAUGUCCGUCUACGAGGGGGUCCUGGUCACCACCCUGGACCUCCUGGUCACGGUGCUCAACCUUCUGGGCAUCAGCCUCGGCUAUUUUGGCCCUAAGUGCUACAUGGUCCUUUUCUACCCGGAGCGCAACACGCCCGUCUACUUCAGCAGCAUGAUCCAGGGCUACACCAUGGGGAAGGACUAGCACUGCCCAUCGGCUGCCCAAGGGGGCCGAGGGCUCUGGCCUGGGCGAUGGACACUGGGGGACUUGCUUGUUCAGCCCCAGCUGGGAGCAGAGAUGCCAGCCCUAUUACUCACCCUCCUCUCUGAUUCGGCCUCCCCCUCCAGGUUCUCUGCAUCCUGGCCAUUUUCGCCUGGUGGAUGCCUAGAAAUAGUCACACUUUCCCUACAGCUGUUUGGCUUGUCAGGCACAGUCACCCGUUCUAGGGGAAGGAUCAGGGUGACCUACCUCUUGGUCUCCAAGACAGAGAUGGAUUUAAGCAGCCUACAGUCGCCAUCUAGUGGUCAUGGCAGGUGUCUGCAGGUUCCGGCUCCUUCCCUUCACCCCCAUUCACCCUGGGGGACAGCUGGGCUGGAAGGCUGGGCUGGGGCUGGUGUUGGGGGUGAAGGUCAUCCACCACCUGCCCACGUGUCUGCAUCUCACAUCCCAGCUCUCCCCAGAGCCUGGGACCCAGCUUUUCUGAGUAAUGGCUGUGCACAGGGGCUGCUUCAUAAAUGCUUAUGAAUAAACCUCACGGAUGAAAUGAA